AUAAACAUUGUAUUGCGAUUUGAGCGAGUUUCAAGGAUUACCACCACCCUCCACCGGUCCAUCCUAAACAUAAUAGCGUAGAACAAAAAAAGCAUCACAAAAAUGGAAGCUAGCAAUUCAUAGCUGUUCUGUUUUUGUGAACUCCCACCAUCAAAAAAAAUAUUAGCGUCUCAUUAAUAUUAUUAUUAUUAUCCACUCGCGACCUUCGUUUUUCUCUUUUGCCUUCUCGGAGUUAAUUCAGGAGGUUGCAGCGACAGCGAUGGCGCAAGGCAUGGCGAGUAACCGAAACCGGAACCCUUGCGCGCAAGAAGCGCGCAAGGUGAUGGUGGUGGCGGACCCGACGCGGGAAUCGGCGGGCGCGUUGCAGUACGCGCUUGCGCAUGCGGUGAUCGAACAGGACGAGCUGAUUCUGCUGCACGUUGAGAACCCUAGCUCGUGGCGAAACACCAUAUCGACGUUCCUGAAGAUGCCUUCGUUGGGAAGCAGCACCACUGCGUCGCUGGACCUCGGAGGAGGUGGAGGAGGGGGAGCAGCCGCGGCGCCGGACGGAGAAGGGUUGGAUUUUCUGGAGGAGAUGAAGCAUGCAUGUAGCGUUUCUCAGCCGAAAAUGAAGGUGCGUGUGGUGAAGGUGGAGAUGGAUGGAAGAGACAAGGCUAGCAUUGUUCUCUCGCAGAGCAAAACGCAUGGGGUUGACGUCGUAGUUAUAGGCCAGAAGCGCAAUAUUACUUCGGCCAUAUUAGGAUACAAGCGACCUGCAAGUGGAUCUAUGAAAGGGGUGAAAGCGAUAGACACUGCUGAGUAUUUGAUUCAAAACAGCUCGUGCACCUGUGUUAGUGUACAGAGAAAAGGCCAAAAUGGAGGCUUUGUUCUCAACUCCAAAACCCACAGAAAUUUCUGGCUCUUAGCCUAAAAAGCUUCACACCCCAAUGGCCAUGCAUGGUAGACAUUUUUAAUUAUGACUUGAACAUAUCAAUUUCGCUGAGGAUAGAUUUAGGAAAAACUUUUAAAUAGGCAUCAUCUCAUAUAUUAUUACAUUAUACAUCCAUCAAAUCAUUACAACUCCCAGAAACUUAUAUGGGUCACAUAAUAACGAUUUGAGUGCUUAUGAUCAAUAAUGUCUAUGUAAAAGUUAUUCUAGAUGUAGUGGAAUUGGUAAGAUUUCCCUGUAACUUCGUUGCUUUGCAAAUGGUGAGAAACCCAUGGAUGUCACCCCAGGGCUUAGCAUGCAUAGGGACUUGUAUCUUGAAAGUGUGCAAAUUUUUUGAGAUUACCUAAAAACACUAAUCUGCAUCUUAAAGACGAAAA